AUGCUUUCUAUUCUCUGUCUAACACUGAUCUGCUCUGUGUAUUCCGAAUUUACUGGAUCAUACUGCUAUACAUUAACAGAUGAUAAAAACAAAUGUCAAGAGUGCUUUGACAAUUACAUUCUGAACGCCGACAAGACUACUUGCACUUAUAAGAGAGACUUGGGCUGUGAAAGUUUUAGUGGCGACAAAUGUCUCAAUUGUGCUGAUGGGUACAUGAAAGAUGUAGCCAACACCAAAUGUGUUGAAGGAGACGAGUAUUGUAUGGUCGAUAAUUAUAGUAAUGAAAUGACUUGUAAUUAUUGCAAAGGUAUCACAAACAUCAACGACAAGUCAUGCAAAAACUGCACUGAACAGAACAAGGGUUGUUUAGACGCCAAUCCCGAUUGUGGUACCUGCACCACAUGUGGAAGUGGCUAUUAUUUGGAGUCAAACAAAUGUAUCAGAAUUCCAAAUUGUAUUAAUAAAGAUACAACCGACAACAAGAAGUGUGGGACAUGCAUCAAUGGGUAUUAUGUUGACGACAACAAAAAUUGUGUUCUUGGAACUAUUCCACAUUGUGUUGUUUACACAGAUAAGGAUAGCUGCAAGAAAUGUGAAAACCCAUAUACUUUAGUUGGUGAUAACUGUGAGUAUCGCCCAUAUUGUUCAUAUGUUGACCAAACUAAGUGCACAGAUUGUUUGAUGGGGUAUGGUCUCAAGUCUGGAAAUUGCACUAAAUGUGAAAAGACCAAUUGUGUUGGUUGUGAAGCAGAUGCUACCGUUUGUGAAAUGUGUGCUGCUGGAUACACAAUAGUGAAUGGUGAAUGUAAGAAGUGUGAAGUUGAGGGGUGCUCUCGAUGUGUUGAAGGAAAAGUUUCUGAAUGUGAAUUUUGUGAUGUAAACAAUGGUUAUAAAUUGUCAGCUUCAACAAAAAAAUGUUACAAAUGCCUUGAUCAUUGUACUCAAUGCAAUGAGGAUGAUGCUGCUACCAAGUGCACUGCUUGUGUUUUGGAGUAUGGACUCAACAACAACAAGUGUGAGAAAUGUGGGACUGGAUGUGCUUCAUGUAAUGAAAACAACUUGAAUGAGUGUACUUAUUGCAUUACUGGUUACAAUCUUGAUUCAACCAAUCACAAGUGCUACAAGUGCGGUGAGAACUGCAUUAGUUGUGAUUCUUCAGAUACAGCAACAUGUAAAACGUGUGCAUACGGGUAUGCUUUGAAUGGAAAAGUCUGCAAGAAGUGUGACACUGGUUGUACCAUGUGUGAAUCAAAUGAUUAUCAGAAAUGCACAUACUGUGAAUCGGGAUAUGUUCUUGAUAGUGCCAAUCAAAAAUGCGGCAAAUGUCACUCGUCAUGUGCCUCCUGCUCUGAAGGUAAUUCAGAUACCAAAUGCACCGCCUGUCCAAUUGGGUAUUACCUCACUGUUGAGGGAAAAUGUUUGGCUUGUGAUGGCAAGUGUGAUUCAUUCAAUAACGAUGCUGAUAACACACAAGCUUACUGCAAUAAAUGCAGUUCUAUAUGCAAAUAUACAAACAAAGGUGGUGAUGAUACGAAGUGCUACGUAAAUGAUCAUUGUAUAAACUAUGACAAUGUAAGACCAGGCAAAUGCAUUGAUUGUGAGAGUGGUUAUUAUGUAGAUGGUCAAUACACUUGCCAAAAAUGUGAUGCUAAAUGUGAAGGUGGAUGUGUGAAGAGUGCGACUGAAUGCAUUACCUAUGAACCUAUUGCAUACUGCUUAAUCUAUAACAAAGACCACACUUGCAAGACGUGUAAUUAUGGAUACAAAAAGGACGGAAAUAAUUGCAUUGAUGAUGAUAGUUGCCAAACCAGAAACGAUGACGCGAAAUGCAUUGUUUGCGAAGAGUCAAUUGGAGACAAUUUAUAUUUGGCUGAUCAAGUUGGACACUGCAAAGAUUAUGUCGAACCAACCGAAGGAAGUGCUGCUCUUGCUAUUGUCAUGGCUAUCUUUGCUUUGGUGCUUGCUCUUUAA